AGAGAGAUCCCUGGAUCCGGAUCUUCGUGGAAUGAGGCGGAGUGGUCCCUUGAAGUGCAAAGACGCAGCACGCAGCUCGGAUGUCACAGCUUUAAUUCCCUCUCCGCUGCCAUCACGCAUCCGGAGAUAAACGCAGAAGCUAGUUUGGCUGACUUACUUCUGGGGCUGACAGCAGGGCUUACUCAACAGCAGGCGAGUAGGGGUUGAUUCGGUGCGCUCCGGACGCGCAACGCGAAGGAGGUGGAGUGGAGCUGAGCGCACUGAAAGAGAGCCUCUCCAGGAGUAAGGAUGUGAACUGGACUUGUGGUAGAAUGGCCACCCGUGUGGCACUGACAACCGAGGGAUGGCAACUUUUUAUCACCGCCACCAUCACCACUUUAACCAGCAUCACCUCCACCCUCCGAGCACCGACCUGCGGCGGCUCUUCCACCGCCUCACCAUCGCCUCCUCUCUGAGCAUUCUCUGCUUCUCCUUGGUCUACCUUCUCACCGGAGGCUGCGAGUCGGAACUCACGGAGAACUCUGAAAUCCGGCCGUCGGCGCGGGACUUCCUCGUGAGAGGGUCGGGAUGGCCGCAGGAGGGCAACGGAAGCAAUGCGCUGGGCAGCGGGCACCCCACGCUGGAGACCAACAGCUCGGGGAAAGAGUGGACAGCAGCGCGGAGGCUGCCCCAGGCUCUGAUCAUCGGGGUUAAAAAGGGGGGAACCAGGGCUCUGCUUGAGUUCCUGCGGCUCCACCCGGACAUCCGAGCGCUGGGGUCCGAGCCGCACUUCUUUGAUCGGCAUUACGCACGGGGACUGGACUGGUACAGAAGUAUGAUGCCCAAAGCCCUUGACGGGCAGAUCGUCAUGGAGAAGACGCCUCGGUACUUUGUCACAGUGGACACGCCUGCACGGGUCCAUGCCAUGUCCCAGGACGUGAAGCUGAUCGUGGUCGUUCGCGACCCUGUGACGCGAGCCAUAUCGGAUUAUACGCAGAUCAUCUCCAAGACCCCCGACAUCCCGCCCUUUGAGAGCCUGGCCUUCAAGAAUCGCACCACUGGUCAGAUUGACUCUCUGUGGAGCCCACUGUGGAUCGGCCUAUAUGCCCAACACAUGGAGCGUUGGCUGGCCUGGUUCCCCAGGAGUCAGAUCCAUCUGGUAAGCGGGGAGAGGCUCAUCUCUGACCCGGCUGGAGAACUGGGCAAAGUCCAGGACUUUCUGGGGCUUCAGAGGAUAGUCACGGACAAGCACUUCUACUUCAACAAAACAAAGGGAUUUCCCUGCCUAAAGAAGCCGGAGGGCAGCAGCAAACCCCACUGUCUGGGGAAGACAAAAGGGAGGACGCACGUCUCCAUAGACCCAGAGGUGAUUCAGAAACUGAGGGAUUUCUACAAGCCUCACAACCAGCGCUUCUACCAGCUCGCGGGCCAAAACUUUGGAUGGCACUGAUCCUUAAACUGCGUAGAGCUAGACGCCUCUGUUGACUCUGCGUUAGCGCAAAUCUGCUGUCUGACUGAGACAGAUGACACGAAUCGAUGGGCGCAAAGCAGAGUCAAUAAUGCCUUCGUACAGCAAGGCAGCGUCAAGGCAGACUACAUUCGGAAAUCCCAGUGUCAAUACAUUCCAUCUGGAUCAACCAAUCAUCUCGACACCUUUGUAUGUCAGAGAUCCUCUGUCGGGCUUUUGAGGAGGAUGCAGUUGGUAUAGGAUGUGGUUUUUACGCUGAACGGUGAAAGCAGAGUAGCUUUUAGCGUCUGACUCACAAUCAGUCGUAGUUGUACAACGAAGCCAAGAACUCAGGGUUCCUACACAUUUUUUAACUACAUAUUCCAUACUUUUCACACAGUUUUUACAACAAAUUGGAAAUUCUUUGGACAAACUAUUCACUUAUUACUGAUUAGUCGUUACUUCUUAUCAUCUGUAUGUUUGUCAAAACAACUGAACAACACAACGCUUAACUAUGCCUCCUGUU